UUGGUUCGUCACCUUCGUCAUUGACCAAAACAGUACACACGAAGCAAAACAUUCAAAAGUGAACGGAUCGUGGGACAGAGCAGAUUGUAUACGUAAAAUAGUCUGCUGGUCGCAAAAAUACUGACGAACGAGGUCGAAAUACUCUGCUCCAGAUCGUGAGAGUUAAGUUGGUUUGAUUGAGAAGCUUAGCGAACCUAGAUAACUUUAUCAGUAGUCAGUCAGUGAUUGUUUUGAAGUGACAAUGUUCCGCCGCACGUUAACAGUUUCGUAUUCACCACUGCGAAACAACUAUGUUACACUUCCAGAUAACUACUUCCGGAUGUUGUCUAGUUACAAAAACGGUUGUUUAAGCAUAACGCGCGGCAUCGACAACUUUCACAUGUCGUGGUCUCCGUACGGAGGCGGUGGCUAUCAGGAAAAUCGGAUUGGCAUAAAUGCACAAGUGGCAAAUUCGAUGGGCUUGAAGGAAGGGGACAUGGUUAUGGUGGCCCUGAUUAUGGAGGUACGAUCGCUCAAAACAGUCGAGGUCACGGCCGCCUCGGAGAAAGAUUGGAGUAUGUUGCAAGUCAGCAGUAAUCGAAUUCAAUCGAUUCUACUAGACCAGACGAGAGUUGUAACAAAAGGCCAAAGUUUGGUAGUCUGGAUUAACGAUUCAAUAACUGUCAGAAUCAAGAUAAAAUUUACAAUCCCGCCGCUUCCUUUCGGUCGGCUGGAGAACGACACCGAACUUGUUGUGGAACCAUACAAAACCGUACCGAAAAGGGAUCCGGACCCACCGGCCGCAUUGGUUCGAAGCAAUACUAACCUGAGUAUAGCUGAGUUGGUCCGUCAACGCAACUUACAGCGUACAAAGACGAACCAGGUGGAAAAUGGAGCUCAGGAUAGCUUCGUAAAUUCGGCUGGUAUCAUUACUCCGCAGGUUUCGGAAAUGGUGCCGGUGAAGCGUAGACCAACCACGUGGCAUCGAAAUAGUAACGGGUUUGAAAAUAGUCUGACCGAUCACAAUGGCGAUAAACAUGUAACGGAUAAGGACAAGAAUGUUGUGAAAAGGAGUUCCGCUGCAGCUGACGUUGUUUGCAAUGGCGUCUCCGGUAAAGCAAAAACGGCCGUCAGAAAUUCGCUGUUCGAAAACGAUCUGGAAAGGCAUUUGAACAAGUUGCAAACAAGUAAAUCAAUGGCUAAUUUUAUUUCCGAACAUCAUGAAAAUGAGAAACAGAACGAUAGUGCUCAUAAGAAUAAAAGUCAGUAUCUUGACAAUUUAAUCGCUACCCUUAACAAGGAAGCACCAAAGACUUUCGAAUUGCGAGCUAUUCGAGGAGUGUGGAAUUGUCGCCGAAACAACUCACAGAUUUGUGAUAUCUACACUACCAAAGAAAACAUCCCACAGGAGAUGGACAUAAAUCAGCCAUUCCUGCUGACUACUAAUGAUGACCGUGACUAUUACGUGAACGUCCGGAUAGCGAAUGAGGUUGAGAGUUACCCGCGAAAUAUCUACCCUACGGUUACAAUUAAUGAUAAAUUGAUGGAACAGUUGGAGAUUAACCACGGAGAAAAGGUUACGCUGAAGGCAAAACAAAAUGCCUUGAACAUAGUUGAUAUGAUUGAACUGUUGCCGGCAACGAAAGUAACACCAAAAAUUGAGGCCGAUAUUGUGGAAAAGUUUAAAGAGUUUAUUCUAUUCAACUCUAAGGUACAUCCGGUUCUGUUAAAUCAGGGACAAGUUUUUAAGCUGCCCGAGUAUUAUUUGACAGUCAAACUUCUCCCAGCCAAUCUGAAGUAUUGUUUGGUUAAUGGUGUGAUUUUGAGACAAAGUAAAAUAGUUUUCUCCAGCGAAGUAAAAAAUUUAGAAAUGAUGGCUUCUAAUGAGGAAGAAGAGAAGAAGAUAAAGAAUAUCGAUUCGGUUGAGUGUGAAUUAAAGCACGUUAAAAUUGGUAAAUUCCAGAAAAUUUUAAACAAAUGCGUGGAUCAAUUAAAGCUUCGACUGUGUUUAGAUGACAGGAGCUCUAUAAGAAAGAGUUGUAACAUUAUUAUUGCGGGUCCUGGUCAGAGUGGGAAAAAGGCACUCUGUAGGGAAAUUAUGCACCAACUUGCUCAGGCUCCGUUCCAUUGUUUCUUUACCACGUUCAAUUGUUCAAAACAUAAAGGUCGCAAACCAGAUACAAUUCAGAAAGAUUUGCGACAUUUAUUCUAUUUGUGCCAGUUCCACAGUCCUGCGUUGAUGUAUUUGGAAGGAUUAGACAUUUUGGCAUACCAAGUCGGCGACCAAAAUACUCAGGACGCGGAGUAUCAUAACAAAGUUUCUGAUGUAUUUCGAAAACAAAUCGAAGAGUUUACCUGCAACAACGCUAUAUCGGUGAUCGCAUCGAUCAGCAGCAUUACUAAUCUGAACCGAAGACUGUAUUCCUCCCGUGGAUUUCACCUGUUUCAUCACAUUCAACGGCUGCCAAAUCUCGAUAAGACUGAUAGAGAAAUAGUGAUAAAAAAUCUAUUCGUAAACAAACGUUGCAAGUUGGAGAAAAAAAUUAACUGGAAUCUGCUGGCUAAUGCAACAGAAGGAUACACUAUUGGCAGUCUAGUACAGAUGGUCGAUCGAGCAGUUUUCUACGCUUUCAAGCAUGAUUCAAAGUAUCCUCGGAUAGCAGAUAGCAUGAUAAAUAGUGCCUUGGAUGUUACCAACACCUACUGUCUGCAGGGUAUAGAAAAUCACAAAUCUCACCAUCUCGAUGAUGAUGACCACGUUCAGGGUGAUCGGGUGCCGGGUUUAGAAAAUGUUAUCGAAGUUUUUCAGGAAGUUCUGAUGUGGCCUAGUAAAUUUCCGAUUAUUUUUGAAAAUUCUCCCCUGCGAAAUCAGGCUGGAAUUUUGUUGUUCGGUCCUCCUGGCACGGGAAAAACUUUUCUAGUUGCAAAAUUGGCCAAAACGUGGAACUUGCGGAUGAUUUCAGUGAAAGGACCGGAACUGCUUGCUAAGUAUAUAGGCCAAAGUGAGGAAAACGUUCGAAACUUGUUCGACCGAGCGCGGAGUGCGAAACCUUGCGUUUUGUUUUUCGACGAAUUUGAUAGUCUGGCGCCACGACGAGGUCAUGAUUCGACAGGUGUAACGGAUCGUGUUGUGAAUCAGUUGCUCACUGAGUUGGAUGGCGUGGAAGGUUUAAAGGGAGUAACGGUCAUCGGUGCGACCUCCAGACCCGAGCUUUUGGAUCCGGCUUUGUUGCGCUCCGGAAGAAUCGAUCGUUUGGUGGAGUGUGGCUUGCCCGACGAGAAAUCGCGCCUAAAAAUUUUCAAAAUCCAUAGCAAUGGUUUAAAUCUGGCACCAGAUGUACGGCUGUCGCAUUUUGCGAAAAAGGCUCAUGACUAUACCGGUGCGGAUAUUCUUAGUAUUUUGACGACGGCUAAUAUGCUGGCCGUGCAGAAGUGCUUGGCCGAUACCAACAAUAAUGAGCAUGUUCCGGAGCAGAUAACGAUUAACCAGCAGCAUCUAAUGGAAGCAUUUGCCAGCACGCGACCUUCGCUAAACCCACACGAUGUGCAGAAGUACAAAACUACCUACGCACGAUUCACCAACAAAGAACCACUUUCGAGAGAUUUCGUGGCGAAGAGGGCCACACUAGCGUAAGCGAAUGUCUGUUUAUUAUGUUUUCUGUUAAUUGUACUAAAAAGGUGUUAUGUGCUGCAAAGAUAUUGUUAUGUAGGUGUAGAAUGGAAAGGUAUAAAAGACAAAAAUUUAUAAAA